ACAAAGGUGGAGACGAAGAGCGUUCCUGAAAGAGCUAACAAACCCUAACAUACUGUCCGAUUAGGCACUCAUUCAGCACUACCUUGGGUAUAUUUGCAUAUAUGGAUAUUGAGAUGGAGACCCAAUAUGAAGAACACGGCACAAACAUACUGCGGGACAAGGAACACGAUCUGGUAAAGACAGAAGAUUUCAGCUCCUGCUCUAUGUUUUCUACUGAAACAGCUACAAAACCUCCUCCUAAAACACCACCAAGAAACCCUCCUCCUGAAACACCGCUAAGACACAUUCCUAUCAGCUUCAUGGGGUGUAUAACUUUAAUAGUGUUGAGCAUAAAGUAUAUUCAAACGAAAUUUCAUUACAUGUUGCUAGUGUCGAGUGGUGCUUUUCUAAAAUUCAAAGCAGAAAAGCUGACGGCUCAAUUUGAUCUCAAAUUGGAAAACUUAUAUGACACAGUAGUACUGUUGACCUUUGGGGAAGCCUUUGGAUUGUUUAUUCCAGAGAUCACAGAUAAAAUGACAAUCAUGGUGGGUUUUCUUCUAAUUUUGUUGCUGAUUUGGCCACUGCAACCAGUGUAUCAGAUGUCUAUCAUGCUAAUAUUGAUUUCUGAAUCACUUCACUAUAUUUUUAAGUUGUUCGGCAAGUUGUCAGGGGUUGGUGUCACUUGCGGCGUUUUCAAACUUCCUCUCCUCUGGUUUACUACUACAGCGGCUUUUGCGCUUUCUCUCAUUGUUUGUUUUAUGAUGUUGCUCAUGAUUUACCUUAUCCAGAGAUAUGUAGGUGCAGGGAGAUCAAAAGUGAGAGAACCUGAUUUUACUUUCGAAGAUUUUUCGGUAAUUGUUCAAGGGAUGGGUGGUGAAGUUGAAUCAUACAAAUAGCUUUAUGUCCUAGUUGAUUAAGCUCUCAACAACAAAUAUUCAAAACUUAUUACAUACCUUAGUUUCGUUUAUUUGCAUGAUGUUGAAACUCAUUGCUUAUGAUCUGCGUGGU